CACGGGCUGAAUGGCACGGAUCGCUGCUCAUAGGAAGUUCUGGGCCGACGACGACGGCUCGGAGCCGGCCCAGAGCACCCUCCCGGUGACCUCGAAAGAAAAAUCCCAUCUCCAUGCCUCGUCCUCUCCCGUGCAACCGCAACUAGGAGACAAGGCACGCCGCGUAAGCUUUCCCGGCAGCAAAAGCUCACGACGCCGCAUAAACAACUGACCUCACAGGCAAAAAAGAAAGCCCUCCGCAGCCCAGGCGUCGACAGCGAGGCCGCCGACCUCCCCGGCGGAAAUAUCCCGGUCGACCACGGGCACUGUAGGCACGAGGGCGCGCCACGCGGCCAGCCAACUUGGCGCCCUUUCCGCGCGGAGGCGGCGGUCAAUGGGCGCCUGGUCCCGCCGGGCUGGCGCAAAGCGACACCGGCAACCUGCAAUAAGAUAAGCGGCUACUUGUUCGACCCUUCCAGAACCAUCGCCCCUCUCCGGCUCCGGGCCUUCCAGAACGCUCCCCCGCCACGUCACCGGAUAAGCCUCAGAUGGUUCCAAUCCUUCCAGAACUGUCUCGAACUUUCGCAAUUCGAAGCCCGGGUGGGUGGGUACGUGGGGGUGCCGGGCUGUAUAAAUGGGCGGUGACCGUGCGCCUGUUCUGACGAGCUCAACUGCCUCAAGUACGAAGCCGAAAGGGAUAGCACUGUACUUUCCUCUCCGUCCUUCUCCGUCCGCGCUGCUUCCGGGCGUCAAUGGGGAGCUCUGCCGUUUUGGGUUGCCACCGCUAGUUUGUUUGACCUUGUGGAUUCUUCCGUGGAGCCGAGAACCGGAAAUCCCCUCGUCAAUUGGUCAACCAGCAGCAUUGUUAGUCCAGACGAUUACUCGAACUUUUAACUAUCUAUAGAUUCUUUCCCCCCUGCAACGACCUUUGGUAGCCCUGCUGGUCUUGUGGUUCUGAAUUUUGUUUUUGGUAUUUUGAUUCAGAAACUUACGGGUUCGCUUCUUUGGAGUUUGGAGGGCGACAUUUUUUUUCUAGCCAAGAUCGCCUUCAGUUGAUUUGGCCGGUUCUUGAUUCUUUCCGGACCUCGUUUUCCUUGGUCCGAUCGAUCACCGGUGCUCAGUAGUCAGUAAUCCCCUCUGUCCCGUUUUUUCUAUAGAGUUUGUUUGGUCGUUUCAUCAUGGAUCCCUUUCACGGCAUUGUGAAAGAGGAGGAAUUCGACUUCGCCGGAGCUGCGGCGGAUGGAUACUCGCCGUCUUCGUGGGGCUCAUCCCCUAGUUCCUGGGGCUCUUCCCAAUCUUCGUGGGUCGGCGGCGGCGCCUUGGCGGAGCUGCCGCGGCCGAUGGACGGCCUCGGCGAAGCCGGUCCCACCCCGUUCCUGAACAAGACGUACGAGGUGGUGGACGACCACAGCACGGACACCAUCGUGUCGUGGGGGGUCGCCGGGAACAGCUUCGUGGUGUGGGACGCCCACGCCUUCUCCAUGGUGCUCCUCCCGCGCUACUUCAAGCACAGCAACUUCUCCAGCUUCGUGCGCCAGCUCAACACCUACGGGUUCAGGAAGGUUGAUCCGGACAGGUGGGAGUUCGCGGCGGAGGGGUUCUUGCGGGGCCAGAAGGAGCUCCUGAAGACGAUCAGGCGGCGCCGGCCUCAGUCGUCGGGCACGCCGGGGCAGCAGCAGCAACAACAAGGAGGGGUGUGCCUGGAGGUGGGGCAUUUCGGUCACGACGGCGAGGUGCAGCAGCUGAAGCGCGACAAGGGCACCCUGAUCGCUGAGGUGGUGAAGCUGCGGCAGGAGCAGCAGGCGACGCGCGUGCAGAUGCAGGCCAUGGAGGCGCGCCUCGCCGCCACGGAGCAGAAGCAGCAGCAGAUGACGGUGUUCCUGGCGCGCGCCAUGAAGAGCCCGAGCUUCCUCCAGAUGCUGGUGGAGCGGCAGGACCAGAGCCGGCGGAAGGAGCUGGCGGACGCGCUCCUCUCCAAGAAGCGCGGCCGCCCCAUCGAGUACCUCCUCCCCCGCAACGGCGAGACCUGCUACAGCGCCGCGGCCCAAGGCUACGGCCACGGGCUUGUCGACGGAGGCGAGGGCAGGCGCGCGGACGGCGAGGACACGGAGAGCUUCUGGAAGGAGCUGCUGAGCCUGGGCCUCGAGGAGAGGCAGAGGGAGGCGGGCGGGGGCGGCGGAGGGGAGGCGAGCGGCGCCGAGGUGGACGACGACGUGGACGAUGAGGUGGACGAGCUGGUGCAGAGCCUCUACCACCUCAGCCCGAACCGGCCCCACGGCCAACACCACCAGUGAAGGGAGAAGAGAAGAUUCUAGAACGAGAAACAUCUUGGAGAAAGAACAACGUGGGGGUGGGCCGCACAACGCAGUGGAAGAAGCAAAGAAAGUUCUAGAACGAGAAGGUUCCGCUUCGGCUUGGAGAACGUCGAUGUAGGGUAGACCGUAGGCGUAGUUCCUCUGCGUUUGGUAGUGGACUAGUGGUGGUGCUCCAUGCCCCCAUGGCCAUGGGUGUUGGGGGUUGGUCUGCUUUCUUCAUUUUCUAUUGCUAGUAGUACCUGACAUGUUGUCGGGGCCCGCGGCCUGCAUGCGCAAGUUGCCCAAAACAGAAAGGGACCAGCGCCUUUUGCCUGGCGUCGUGGAAUAAUGCUCGGGGACUUUACCGGAUUAA